CCACAGAUAAUCCUGGUAUUCACACUCUAUUUCUCGCCAUCACUUGAGAGGUGAGAAAAAUGCAACCAGGGUCCAAUGAAACCAUACCGCGGUGGUAAAACCCCCCAAUCCUCAGUAUCCUAAUUGACACCACCCCCAAGGCAGGCACAAACUUCAAAGAAGCCGCCCCUCCUUAUCCUCCUCCUCUUCAAUGCACAACUUGCAUCACCACCUGCUCACCUUACGCACAUAACGCCAUGCACCGUCCCAUAACGAUAAUGCUCAUCCGCUACAUUAUACACCCCUUUUCGGUCACGCCUCUAUAUAUCUAUCACUACACCUCCCCUUACAACCAUAUCAUAGUUUUUGCUAGCAAAAGGGAGAAAAAAAAUGAUAGGAGUUGGCACAUAUGGCUAUCCUGAACAGGCCACCAUGAGGAGCGGUGGUGGCGGCGGAGGAUAUGACGUUCCCGAUGGUGUCGACAUUCGGGGACGGUACGACGGAGAGUUUGCGAGGAUUCUGACCAAGGAUGCUUUACAGUUUGUGGUGGAGUUGCAGAGGGAAUUUAGGAACCGAAUCAAGUAUGCGUUGGAGUGUCGGAAGGAGGCUAAGAGGAGGUACAAUGAAGGGGCUUUGCCAGGGUUUGAUCCUGCUACCAAGUUCAUUAGGGAGGGGAAUUGGGUUUGUGCUCCGGUACCGGAAGCGGUGGCGGAUCGGAAGGUGGAGAUUACGGGACCUGUGGAGAGGAAGAUGAUCAUCAAUGCUCUCAACUCUGGAGCCAAAGUUUUCAUGGCGGACUUCGAAGAUGCACUGUCACCAACUUGGGAGAACUUGAUGAGAGGGCAAGUGAAUCUGAAGGAUGCUGUGGAUGGGAGCAUAACAUUCCAUGACAAGGCCAGGAAUAGGGUUUACAAGCUGAACGACAGAAACACAGCCAAGCUUUUUGUUCGUCCGAGAGGUUGGCACUUGCCUGAGGCUCACAUUUUCAUUGAUGGUGAGCCUGCAACUGGUUGCCUUGUGGACUUCGGCCUUUACUUUUACCACAACUAUAAAGCAUUCAGGCAAACCCAAGGGGCUGGAUUUGGACCUUUCUUCUAUCUCCCUAAAAUGGAGACCUCAAGGGAAGCUAAGAUAUGGAACUGUGUGUUUGAGAGGGCAGAGAAGAUGGCAGGGAUAGAGAGAGGUAGCAUCAGGGCAACUGUGCUGAUUGAAACACUUCCAGCUGUGUUUCAAAUGGAUGAGAUCCUCUAUGAGCUGAGGGACCACUCUGUUGGCUUGAACUGUGGAAGAUGGGAUUACAUUUUCAGCUAUGUCAAAACCUUCCAGGCUCACCCCGACCGCCUCUUGCCAGACCGUGUUCUGGUGGGCAUGACUCAACAUUUCAUGAGGAGCUACUCUGACCUCCUCAUCCGGACGUGCCAUAGGCGCGGCGUGCAUGCCAUGGGUGGCAUGGCAGCUCAGAUUCCAAUCAGGGAUGAUCCAAAAGCAAAUGAAGCAGCCUUGGACUUGGUGAGGAAAGACAAGCUAAGGGAGGUGAAAGCAGGACAUGAUGGAACAUGGGCAGCUCACCCAGGGCUAAUCCCAGCCUGCAUGGAUAUCUUCACCAACAACAUGCCGCCCAACACCCCUAACCAAAUCCAAUCCAUGAGAAGAGAAGAUGCAUCCACCAUAACAGAAGAAGACCUCCUCCAGAGGCCUCGCGGCGUCCGAACCCUAGAAGGUCUCCGGCUCAACACCCGGGUAGGGAUCCAGUACGUGGCAGCAUGGCUCACUGGGACAGGCUCAGUGCCACUCUACAACCUCAUGGAGGAUGCAGCCACUGCGGAAAUAAGCAGGGUGCAGAACUGGCAGUGGAUCAAGUAUGGAGUGGAGUUGGACGGUGACGUGCUCGGAGUGAGGGUUGGGAAGGAGCUGUUUGGGAGAGUGGUGGACGAAGAAAUGGAGAGGAUUGAGAGGGAGGUUGGGAAGGAGAAGUUUAAGAAGGGAAUGUAUAAGGAGGCUUGCAGGAUUUUCACCAGGCAAUGCACCGCUCAAACACUUGAUGAUUUUCUCACUCUGGAUGCCUACAAUCGCAUUGUGCUACACUACCCAAAGGGAUCAUCCAGGCUCUGAUUACAUUCACUUCUUCAUCAUCUACUUUUCUAUUUUACUAGUUAAGGACUCUUGCCGAAUCAAUAAGAAUGUUCUCCAAUAACGGGAAUUGAUCAGUUUA